AUGCGUGUCGCCGUUCCGAUUCCAGAUAAUGACCACAUGUUUGCUCAGUAUUGUGUCCUGUUCCUGCUCGUCUACGGCCGAGUCAACGAGAUGUUUGCUGGUAUGGCGUGCAAGCACUGCCGGUCUCAAAUGCGGCUACGUUCACAAGCGGCGGGUGUGAGGGUGCGCCGCUUCUGCUCAUGUGAAAAUUUGGGAGAAGAUGCGUUUGAUGCAUGGCCUCGCCUUUGGAAAGGUGUGUUCCCGCUAGCGGAGCUUCUUGGAGAAUUGAAAUCCGUAAUAAUUUUUCCGAUGCUUAUGAAUUGUGAAAUGAUGCGAGAGACAAAUGACCUCAAGAAAGUUCGAAGGUGUUAA